CGGUGAUGACGAUCGGUUGAUGAUGGCCCACAUGCAUGCAUAUAUUUAAUGUUCGCCGCAGGACAGGAUGCCUGUCAGCACACUCGAUUUCGUACUUUGACGACGGCUUGGAGCUCUAUAUCGUAUUCUGUUUGUCGACUGUCCAUCGCACGAUUCUGCAUGUGAUUGAGAUCGUCAUUUGCAAGAGUCACAGAAACAUCAUAUGGGACCUCGGUGACUCUUCUUUGCUUGAGCGCUUGAGACUACACUCAAUUCGACACGGUCAUUGUGCGCAAAGUUAUUCGUGCCAUCGUCAGGCCUAACUCACCGUUGCGUACCGACAAGACAUUUUUGAAGGGACAGACUCGACCUCGGACUUGACCUCGAACUCGACCUUGAACUCGGACUCGAACUCGACUCGUGGGGGAUGGGAGACUCCAAAUUUUACGGCCUUCGAGGCCAGCGACUGGCGCUCGCCGUUGGAAUCAUCGCCGGCGUUGACUUCUUUCUCUUCGGAUAUGAUCAGGGCGUAAUGGGAGGUCUCCUGACUCUUCCAUCGUUCACCUCUGUAUUCCCAGAGAUCGACACCAGGAAUGUAGCGCCUGACAGUCCACGGGCAACGACGCAAGGUAUCACCAUCGGCAGCUACAACCUAGGCUGUUUCGCCGGCGCCAUCGCCUGCAUUUGGCUAGGCAACAUGCUCGGACGACGCAAGACGAUCUUUCUCGGUACCUCCAUCAUGGUUGUCGGCGCGAUUCUCCAAUGUACUCCUGGCUCGAUUCCAGGUACUCAGGGUCUUCCGCAGUUGAUCGUCGGACGUGUGAUUACAGGAUUUGGAAAUGGAUUGUCCACGUCGACGGUGCCAACCUGGCAGAGUGAGACAUCUGCUGCGCAUAAACGCGGCCAAUUCGUGAUGAUCGAGGGUGCCUUGAUCACAUGUGGUAUUAUGGUGAGCUACUGGCUCGACUUCGGCCUCUCUUUCGUCAACAGCUCUGUGUCAUGGCGUUUCCCAAUCGCCUUCCAGAUUGUCCCGGCGAUCAUAAUCUUGACCUUCAUUCUGCAAUUACCCGAGUCGCCACGCUGGCUGAUCCUCAAGGGCCGCGAAGACGAGGCCAGCCAAGUUUUGAGCGCCCUACUCGACUUACCCGAAGACGACCGGCGUGUAGUCACCGAGUUCCACCUCAUCAAGGAGACUGUGCUCGAGUCUUCGCAGGGCUCAUUCCGUGACUGCUUCACCAUGGACAAGAACCGGAACUUCCAUCGUGCUGCCUUGGGAUACGUCAAUCAGAUGUUCCAGCAGAUCAGCGGCAUCAAUCUAAUAACCUACUACGCUGCAACCAUCUACGAGAAUUCUAUCGGUCUAGAUCCUACGUUGUCGAGGUUGUUGGCGGCUGCCAAUGGUACGGAGUAUUUCGCCGCCAGUUGGAUCGCAGUUUUCACAAUUGAGAAAUUCGGACGCAGACAGCUUAUGCUGUUCGGCUCUUUCGGUAUGACCGCAUCGAUGGCGAUCCUGGCCGGUACAACAUCGCAGACCGGGAAUGCACAGAUGGGUAUCGCAGCCGCCGUCUUCUUAUUCGUCUUUAACACUUUCUUCGCGAUUGGCUGGUUGGGCAUGACCUGGCUCUAUCCUUCGGAGAUUGUGCCACUACGCAUUCGAGCACCUUCGAGUGCAUUGUCGACAUCAGCAAAUUGGAUCUUCAAUUUCUUGGUGGUCAUGAUCACCCCGGUCGCAUUUGCGUCGAUCGGCUACAAGACGUACAUCAUCUUCGCCGUCAUCAACGCCUUCAUCAUUCCGUGCGUCUAUUUCUUCUACCCGGAAACCGCCUACCGCUCCCUUGAAGAGAUGGACGGCAUCUUCCAGCAAGCCACCAAUGUCUUCGAUGUUGUACGCCUGGCGCGACCAGACGUGACGCCGAACAAGUACGACAAGCACGGCAAAUUCAUCAUGUCGGAUGACGAAGACUCCGAGACCACAGGCUCAGGACGGGGCAUUCACGGUUCGGGUGAGGUCGGCUUGGAGAACAAAGGGAGGUCGGGCCACAACGAGGCGUAUCAAGCUGAAGGAGGCUUUGCUGGGAAGAGUGAGAAGGAGGGCUUGUAGUCAAUGUUCGAUGAAGCCAAGUCUACACAUCUUAUAGAGAGACUUGCGUGAACGAAGAAAUGUCACCACCUAGACAGACAUGACUACACCCACGCGCUAGCGAACAUCGUAUCGCCGUGAGAAUCUCAAUUGCAUUACGCUG